CGAAGGUUUUCACCCCACUUUCGGCUCGAUACAAUCCCCUCUACCUACGCUCUCGUUGCGUACCCACCCCACCUUAAGUUCUCCAACAACACCUGUCGUUACGACGGCGAACGUCUGGCUUUCCGCUAGUCUGACGUAUAUACGGUUGUCGUAGGUUCUCCCGAGAUUCUUGUCGCGUGUAGUGAGUCCUGUCGCCUGCGCAUUGAUUGUCGUUCUCUUUUCCCAGCGCGAUUUAUUUAUUUUCUUCGUUGCGCGUUAGUCGCGUGGCGAGGUGUCGUCCGGGUGCGUUGUUUGUUAUUGUUAUUAUUAUUGCGUAGAAAAAAAUUGUGUCGGAAUCAAUCACGAACUUUGGGUCCGAGGGAUGUCUUGCAGUGAUAGUGUGGAAAAAUAAGGGUUUGUUUGAAGAUUGGUGCUUUAUGAUUGCUGAUAAACGAGGAUGAUACUCAAGAAGUUGUUUGCGCGAACAUCGCGAGACGUCGCGACGCUGGGUCGACGAAUUAAGCGUCGCGACUUUGGUUUUACGUAAUGUUGAUCCACUGCUACUGCUACCAACACCGUUGGGGGGACUUGUCAAGGUCACGGAUCACGGAAAACGCACUGCAGGUCCGUAACGAGACAUCGUCGCUGAAGCUACCAUUGAUUCUACUAGUCUAGUGAAGAGCGAAGAGUUUCAUAAGUCAAGAGAACGGAAACACUUGAAGAAAUUCGUUAAAAAAGGUGAUGAAGUUAAUAAAUUUGAGAGAUUGGAAAACAGAUGAAAAACGAGAGAAACACUGAGAAAGAAAGAAAUCGGAGAAACUGAAGAACUGAGAAAAAUUUGGGAAAAAAAAUGAGAAUUGAAUAACAUUUAACGUACACAUAUAUGCAAAAUUAGAAAAGUUAUAGGAAAAAAACGGAAUUGACUAAAGGGAGAAAGAUGAUGAUAUUGAAUAAAAAGAUAACAUGCGGGGAAUAAAAUAUAAAAAUAGAAAUUGUGAAAAAAGUGAAAAAUGCUAAUUAAAUGUCAAGACAUAAGAUUGAUUCUUCAUUUUUUAUAAAUAUUUCUUUUAAAUUUUCUGCUCGAUUCAAGCUAACAUUCAAGUUACACAGUAGCAUUGGUUCUUAAAUUAUUACGGAAAUAAAAUUUAAUUAAGAAGAUAUCCACGCGCAUGCCUUUCGGAAGAAAUAAAGCUGAAAAAGAGAUAUCAUCGGACAUUUUCGAAGAAAAUACCUAACAAAGCUCGAAGGCGAUACUUCUUGCGGGACCUUGCUUGCGCAAAACGUCGUGAUCGCAACGGCGAAGGACGCCGGAUGCUUGACGUCGCGACGCUUCGCGGGACUUGACGAGAACAGACAGGACGAUGAGCGUCAGAAUAGUUGUGAGUGUCACCGAGCUUACAAAUAUGGAUGCCAAGGAUCGCUAUCUCGUCGAAGGCAUCGCACUCUCUACAGCCACCGAGGAUGUGGGAGACGGGCCCCAAGGGCACGAAAACGACACUGAUUCAUAUUCGUUGUCACAUCUUGAUCCACCUACCGAUAGCAUCUACAUGAUAUGUGGAGUGCUGAUCGCUAUGGUUCUGGUCGGCAUCUUGAUCGUCCUGCUCGCCGUAACGAUCAGCAAGCUGCGGAAACGCGAGGAUCAGUCGAGUACGGACGCGGUGCACCCUGAAGCUACGGUGGUGCAGACAGCAACCUCGCCCGGGACGAUCGGGACGGCGCCGACGACACACCCCGACGAUUGCUGCACGCAGAUAUCCUCCUCCACGACCACUAUAUCGACCGAUAUCGGCAACGGUAUUUGCAAUGAACACGUCUAUGCUACGACUACGGUCACGCCGUCCGCCAAUCCCGUCGAGCCGUUCGCGUGGCAAUUCCCGCCCCCGUAUCCACCACCCCACCUGCCGCCACCGCAAUACACGUUGUACAACGAUCAGGAUACUCUUGUACACGCCUUGCCAUCGCAUAGGCCUGGGUUUGCGAAGGGCUUCCGCAAGAAUCUCGGCGGACGCUGGCGCCGGUUGGUAAAACGGAAAGCCGAAUCGGAUACCUGUGCCAUUCCUCCCGAACUGAAGGAUCAGCUGAAAACCAUCUAUGUCUAUUAACAUCCGAAAGCCUGUCCUGAGAAAGAGUCUCUGAAAAUUAUCAAUAAAAUUCUGUCAAACAUGAAAAAAGAUUGAUAAAAGCAAAAAGAGACUCUAGUAAAAAAAUUGAGAAAAAUAUGAAAGAGAUUGACAGGAAUGAAAAAAAGAUUAGGAGAAAAAUGAAAAGGAAUUGAAAGAGUAUAAAGAGUUGGUAAGAAUAUGAAAACGAGUGAUAAAAACACAAAGAUAAUUGAUAAUGAAAAUGGCUAAUAAAAAUACGAAGAAGAUUGGUAAAAGGACGAAGAAUUGGCAAUGGAUUGAAAUAUAUAUGUUCAAGAAAGGAAUAGAGUAGGUCAAUUUAAUGAUAGCUGACAUAUCAGAAAGUGCCUAAAGAAGAUGCCUGAUCAAAGUGCCUUCUUUUAUUCCACGAGCGCCUUUCUCACGAGACUGAUACCGCGAAGAAACCGUGAUAUAUGGGUGCGACAAAGCGAGUUAUCUCGUAGCUUCUGCCUGUACGUUUCUGCGCACUUAGUAUAGUCGAUAGAUCGCCGUAUUUCGGGUAAUUAACUAGUAUUAGUAUGUCAGCUUGAUUUACGAAAAUACGAGCAGCCUGCGAUCGAUUAUUCAACAAGUUUCAAUAUUUCUCUCAAAACUCAACUCCUAAAUCUGUUCUUGAUUAGUCCCGAUCGAAUCUCGAUUUACAGUUUUCAGUAAGUCAAUAAUCGCGAUCUCGAGAGGAAAUUCAAUAUUGUAAAACUUUAAGUAUUAUUUAUUAAGAAAAACAGUAGUAUAUAAUUUUCCUAAAGUGCAAACUAGUCGUAUGAUGGAUGGGAAAAACGCAGCUGCUGUGUGUCAUCGUGCGUUAUAUUACUCUGACGAAAUAACACAACGAAACCAGCAACAAUCCGUUCUUUAUUUAAUUUAUAAGUAUACAAAGCGUUCAGAGCUAAAGUGGAUCAAAGAUAUACUUUAAAAGGUAUCAAAAAUAAUCAAAGAUAUACUUUUUUUUUAAUAUGGUUACAUAUUUAAAACUAAAUUUACAAAUAAAAUAGACUUGAUCCAUUUUGGCUUUAUCUCGUGAAUUUCUUCUUGGGCAGUUAAUUUUUAAUCUAUCUUUUAUAUAAGCAAAAUCGAUCGUCCCCUUGCUCAUUUUCGUAAUCAAUUUUCGUAGUCGCUGACCUAAACAUGUAUAAAUAAAAUGUAGUGAUUUUUUUGGAUGUCUGCGGGAUAUAUGAUUUAAUCAACAAAUGGACUUUGGUAUUCCUAAACUCCUCGGCCUGAAGAGAAGAGGGUUCUAGGAUUCAUGAAUCCAAAAGUUCCUCCCGCUUAGAACAGAAUACGGCGCCUCGCGUAAUAAUAAUAAGAUAGGCCAAUUUAUAAGAUUGAGUCGAAUUACUAUGACGGCUCAUAUUGAGCUCGCAUAAUUGUAACGCUGACGUGAUAUUUCAUUUGUACGCUCGCAUUAGGCCUUUAACCGUUAUUGAUUCACAAUUUAAUUUGUAUACGACGAGAGAAUAAAGUAUUAUAAUAAAUAUUAUAUUAUUUAAAGAAUUAUAACAAAAUAUAAUAAUUAAGAAUAUUAUAUUAUUUUAAAAAAUCACGAAAACUAUUUAUAUGAUAAAUUAAUUGAACAAUUAUUUCUAUAUUAAAUUUCUACAAUUAAUUUCACAAAUAGUAAUUUAACAAAUAAUGAAAUAUUUAUUUUAAUAAUUUUUAUUUAUAAGUAAAUUGAAUAUAAUUUUAAUGACUUUUUUUUUAAAUUGUCGGUUGAAGGAUUGCACUGCGUAGUGAUGCCAUGAAAGAAGUUUUUUGCGUCAGCAAUUAAUUAAUUUAUAGUGAUUGACGGAGAUGAUAUUCGAUCUUCCGAAGUUCUGCAGAUUUUCUUGGAAUUAUCAUGAAACUUAAAAUAUAUUUAUAAACAUAAAGUCUUUCCUAUGUUAUCAGAAUUCAUUGAAAAUUAUUUUUUGUAUUUUAAUAAAUGCCAUGGAUAUUCUACAUAAACAAUUAUUUAUAUAAUUUUGAUUGAUUGAUUACAUAAAUUGACAUAUGACAAUUAUUAUUUUAAUUUUUCAUUAUUUUACAUAUAUAGAUCAUUAAUUUUAGAGCAUUUUAAUUAUUUUUCAUAUUUUUUGAUAUUUUCUCUAUUUUUCUCUAUUGGCAAAGAUAUUUUUUAUCUUCAUGCUAAUUUCUGUGAAAAUAUGCAAUACUUCACGAAUGACCGAAAACCUAGAAUCAUAAUCCUCGUUAUUAUAUUGCAGAUUGUAAAUAGAAUAACGAGAAAUCUAUCAAUGUUUAGAGUUCUAUACUUUUACGAACAUAAUCGACGAGAUUUCUCUUGCAAUAGUGAUUUAAUGAAAUGUUGUAUUGACUCGCGACUUCAAUUUUUUAAGUAUUAUAAAAAUAUGAGAAAAGAAGUUUUUUUUACACGAUGGACACACAAAAUAUUUAACCAAUGUGUAUUAUUAUUAUAGUUUUAUGAUAAUUCAAUGAUUAAUUUGUCAAAUUUUGAAGAAGAAAGAAUAACUCAAAGAAAUAAUCCUUGCUAGCCAAAGCUAGAUAAUUGAAGUGAUUAUUUACAGAAUAUACAUUUCAUUUCUCACAUAAAUAUAAUUUAAAUUAAAACUGAGAUAAAAUACAUUGCGAUCUAAAUUUUAAUAUAAUACUCUUUCAAAUAAAUAUGAGAAUUAUCUGAACACAGAAAAGAGAUACAAUAUUAAUAUCAAAAAUUGUAUUGCAAAUAAAACAUGUAAAAUAUUAAAUAAAAUUUUUUAUUAAUAUACUUAAGUCGCGUGUCAUAAAGUGUAUGAUGUUGUGAAUUUGUAUAUAUCGAAUAUCAUUAAUGCACCUGAUUGUACAGUGGAAUUGUACAGCACAUGCCGUUUUUGUUCUUUUCUCCGUCUUCUUUUCUUUGUAAAUAAUCAGUAUCAAGAUGGGGCUGCGAGUUCCCGUCGCCUAGUCACUCAUUCAAUUAAUAUUUCGUUGAAAUGUUGUAAUUGUAAUAAUGAAAACCACUCGGUGCAGCUUUCUCUCUUCUGUCUGAAAUCAAAUAAAGAAAUAAAAAGAUGUUACAAAUAUAUAGAAAAAAA